GACUAGGCAGUAGUGUUGGAUGGAAGUUAAUUUAACAAACUGCAACGCACCUCUUCUUCUCCUCCAGAUGAGCAUGAAAAUUCCAAAUCAAACUGCCUGCUAACCCAUAAUUCGUCGUCUAGUUAUCCGAUCCGUCAUACGGAUCUUCACUUUUUUCAACCUAAAACCCUAAAAAGUUUCUUCGGAAUCUUUAAUUAAAAUCGAUGUUUGAAUUUUAGGAUUAUUGUUAAUGCGAUGGUGGUCUGCAAGUGCCGAAAGGCAACUAAGCUGUACUGCUUCGUACACAAGGUCCCCGUUUGUGGAGAAUGCGUAUGCUUUCCCGACCACCAAAUAUGUGUGGUUCGUACAUACUCCGACUGGGUGAUCGACGGGGACUAUGAUUGGCCCCCAAAGUGUUGUCAUUGUCAAGCCGUGCUUCAAGAAAAUGGUGCUUCUCAAACAACGCGCUUGGGCUGCUGCUUGCAUGUCAUACACACAAGUUGCUUAGUUUCAAAUAUUAAAAGUUAUCCUCCUCACACCGCUCCAUCUGGAUACGUUUGUCCGGCAUGUUCAACUCCGAUAUGGCCUCCUAAAAGCGUUAAAGACUCUGGAUCCCGUUUACAUUCUCAGUUGAAGGAAGCCAUUGUUCAGACUGGAAUCGAGAAGAAUGUGUUUGGAAACAAUCCAGUUUCAUUGACAGUCAGGAUUCCCCCUGAGCCUUCGGUAACAAAUGACGAUGCAGCAAAUGGUUCUGCUAAACGUUCAAGCACAGAUAAUGUGGAAAUAGAUGUUCCAAGUUCAGUAAAUCAUUUGAGAAGCCCAACUUCUAGUGCUACGACCAGAAAGAGUGCACCACAAGUUGAAAGGCAAAACUCUGAGGUUUCAUACUUUGCAGAUGACGAAGAUGCUAAUCGUAAGAAGUACUCAAGGAGAGGAGGUUUUCGCAAUCAGUUUUUGAGGAAACUGUUGCCGUUUUGGUCAAGUGCAUUGCCAACUUUACCAGUUACCACACCCCCUAGAAAAGAUGCAAAUGCAGAUGACGUACAUGUGCGUCACCAUAGACCGUCAAGGAUGGAUCCAAGAAAAAUACUUCUUGUCAUAGCAAUCAUGGCGUGUUUAGCGACAAUGGGUAUUCUGUAUUACAGAAUUGCACAACGCGGUUUUGGGGAGGAACUACCUCAAGAGGGGGAGGCGUAGUCAAUUUAGUCUUUUGAUUCUCUGCAUUUCUUGUUAUAAUUUGGAUGGAUUACAGCCCCAUUAUGUUUACUUCUGGUAGAAGACCUCUUUUUUUUUUUUUUUUUUUUUUUUUUUUUUUUUUAUAAAAUGGUUUGCUGUUAUACUUUUUUUUUUUUUAAAUCUGCAUGUAAAAGGGCACAUAUCAGCAGAAAGUUAUGAACCAUUCUUUUUUAUUGAUA